AAAAUUUUAUUUUGUUCCCAAAAUUAAAUAGAUAAGAUAUAUUGUUUAUUUUGUGAAUUAGUGGUGAUUUACAAAGUUCCAACGUAAGUAAGCCUCGGGUGAAUUUAAAAGUAGGAACCAAACUGUAUAUUUUGUUCCCUACCGGCAACUUUCCUUUAUGGGCUUGUAUUUUCAUCGAUUGAAAAAAAAAAAGCAUUAGCCGAGCUGGCGAGCAUGCAAUAGUCUGAAUAUAAACGUGUGUGCAUUUGCAGGUGAAAGUUUAACAUAUGAUGCCUUAAACUGGUUCAUAAUUUUCUUGUUUUUUAGUGUCGAAUUUUACUUGCACUUCUGUUUUCGCAAACCCUGCGUGGAACGUUACCAACCGUAAGCUAACAAAACGAGGCGUUAACGCCAUGUUUAAUUCUUUAGUAAAACAGGGACACCUGUUGGAUGAAUGAAUCGUUAAUUUAACAAAGCGUCUCUGUGAAAACUAAGCUGGUCAAAAAAAGAAAAGCAGAAAAACAAGCUACAGUUCACAGAAGGUCGGCAUCUGAGUCCGACAGAAUGUCUGCUGCACGAUCUGCAGCAGGACCGAGCAACUCCAAAAAUGACCAAGUAGAUCUGUACAGUGACCUGUAUCCAAGCGAUGAGGAUUUGGAUAAAAUUUCUGAAGCAAAUGAACUUUUUGAUGCUGUUCUAACGGGGUCGGUUGAUAAAGAGAAGAAGGUUUCAAGUAAAACAGCUUCCACCAAGAAGGCUUCAGAAUUUGGGAAAACGACUGACGAGAAAAAACACAAAAAACAAAAGAUGACGAGAAAACUAUCUAUAUAUGUUGGGAAUUUUCCCUGGUGGACAUCAGACAAGGACCUCACAAGCUUGGCCUUACGACUCGGUGUUAAAGACAUAGCAGACAUCAGAUUUGCAGAAAAUAAAGUUAAUGGCCAGUCAAGAGGCUAUGCAGAAGUGGUGGUAACCACAGAGGAGUCAUUAAAAAUAUUGCUGGAAAAAAUGCCACUAUGCCAUAUUAACGGAGAAAAGAUAGAUUGUCGCUUUGCCACUCAGCAGAACCUCUCUGUGUUCGAAGAUAUUGCAAACCAACGCAUACCCGCACGUGCUGGUUCAGGUUCGAAGGACUUGGAUUUUGCGGAAAAGACUCCCACUGCACUAUCAUCACAAGAAUCCAGUGCUCUCCCUGCUCCUCCAACAGUUUUCCCAUCACAUCCAUUUGCAAACAUGUUUCCUUCACCACCCAGUUUUCUCGGACAGCCACCUCCUCUGUUUCCACACAUGGCACCACCUCCCCUCAUGCCACCUCAUUUGUUUCCUCCACAUCCUGCGCAAAUUCCUGGCCAGCCAUCUCCGGGUCUGCACCUAAAUCCUCCUUUCUUCAACCUGACACAAGACGGGCAAAGCAGCAAGCUGUAUAGAGAACAAAAACAAACAUCUCAAAGUGAAGAUGGAGAUUUUGAGGAGAUGAUGAACAGAAACAGAGCAAUUGCCAGCAGUGCAAUCACCAAGGCUAUUUCAGGAGCUACAGCUGGAAACCUGAAUACAGCCAUGGAAACACUAUUAAGUGCUAUUGCCAUCAUUAAGCAGUCUAGAGUGUUCAGAGAUAAAAGCUGUCAAGCACUUGUCACCUCACUCAAAGACUGCUUAGUCUCAAUCCAAGGAGACUAUGGCUGCAAAUCAAGCCGUCAUUCCAGAGAAAGAGAAAGGGACAGAGGACGUGAAAGAGACCAUGAGCGUGACAGGGAGCGUGACAGAGAACGGUACAGAGAACGAGACCGAGGCGAUGCUUAUGACAGGGAAAGCACAGGAGGAUCUCGAAGAUACAGAGAACGUUCCUGGAGCGAAGAGAAGGACAGGGAGCGUUCACGAGAGCGGGAACGACACAGAGAUCACAGAGACCGAUACCGCUAAAUUGGGUGACUUUGACUGAAGCAGAAAAGGAAAGGCAUUUUGUUUUUGCACCAAGCUGUAUAAACAUCACAAGGAAUCUGAACUUCAAAGUGUAAAAUGUACUUUUUUCUUCUAAUAUUACAUUCAUUGUAUAACUUUGUUUAACCAAAAGGCCUGUAAAAAAUUUUUAUGUAUAAUAGAAACAUUUGCAUGCAGUGAACACCUGUUAAGUUUGUUUUCUUCCCUUUUUGUAUAAACUGUACAAAUUGAAAAAAAAAAACUAGAAACCUGUGUUCUGUCAAUCUUAUUAAAAGUACCUAAAGGAUC